AUUUCUCAUGAUAUCAUGAUACUCGUAAGCGGUCUAUUGUUCGGUGCAGCGGCUGUUUCUGCUUUUGGAUUACUAUUUUUUGUGGUUUCUCCAUUGGUGCAUGCAGUUGGACUGCUCAUUCUCGGGAUCGUUUGGCUGUGGCAGCGGCAUCACUUCUGUCACUGGCUACGUCUUGGUGUUCCCUUUAUUCGGGCCACGCCCUUUGUGGGGAAUGUCUGGCAAUUAUUGCGCGGCAGCUGCUGCUUCGGGGAUCAGUUCCGACAGCUGUACGAGAGUAAGGAAGCUGCUGGUCACGCGUACGUGGGCAUACACGUGCUCCACAACCAUGCCCUGCUACUGAGAGACCCGGCUCUGAUCAAACGAAUUAUGGCUGAUGACUUCUCCCAGUUUUCGAGCCGUUUCGAGACCACAGACCCCAUUGGAGACACGAUGGGUGCCCAGAAUCUGUUUUUUUCCAAGCACGAGACGUGGAGGGAGACGCACAAGAUCUUUGCGCCCUUCUUUGCGGUGAGUAAGGUGCGUCAGAUGUACGGUCUGCUGGAGCACAUUGGCCAGCAGCUGGAGGAACACAUGGAGGGGCAGCUGAAUGGCAAAUCUGAAAUGGAACUGGAAGUCAAGCAGCUGUGUGCCCUCUUUACAACAGACAUCAUAGCCUCUCUGGCCUUCGGUUUAGAGGCGCACAGUCUGCAAAAUCCCGACGCAGAGUUUCGCCGUAUGUGCGUCGAGGUCAACGAUCCGCGACCCAAGCGCCUGCUCCAUCUCUUCACAAUGUUCUUCUUCCCGCGAUCGUCGCGUCUGGUUCGCACCCAUCUCUACUCCGCCGAGUACGAGCGCUUCAUGCGAAAGUCAAUGGACUUUGUACUGGCCCAACGCGAAAAGAGUGGCGAGAAACGUCACGAUCUGAUCGACAUAUUUCUGCAGUUGAAGCGUACCGAGCCGCCGACGAGCAUAAUCCAUCGCCCCGACUUCUUUGUCGCCCAGGCAUCGUUUCUGCUGCUGGCUGGCUUCGACACCUCAUCAUCGACUAUCACCUUUGCGUUGUACGAGCUGGCCAGGGCGCCGACGAUUCAACGACGACUGAGGCAUGAACUCAGUGAUGCACUCAGAUCCAACCGGCAUCAGCCUCUGAACUUUGAUUCGGUGAAUGGUUUGGUCUACCUCCGUCAGGUGGUUGAUGAAGUACUGCGGCUGUACCCUCCCACUGCAUUCCUGGAUCGUUGCUGUAAUGACGAAAAGGGUUAUGAUCUGUCUUCUUGGAACUGUGGCAGAGCUUUAAGGUUACCUGCAGGCGCACCUGUGUACAUCUCCGUUCUGGGACUCCAUCGGGAUCCAAAGCACUGGCCAAAUCCGAACAAGUUUGAUCCGGAACGCUUCUCGUCGGAGCAACGCCAGCAGCACCAUCCAAUGACGUAUUUACCCUUUGGUGCCGGUCCUAGGGGCUGCAUUGGCACUCUGCUGGGGCAGCUGGAGAUCAAAGUGGGAUUGCUGCACAUACUCAAGAACUAUCGUGUGGAGUUGUGCGAGCGGACACUGCCAGAGAUGGUGUUCGAUCCAAAGACUUUCGUGCUAACUGCAAAGGGGGGAACCUAUUUGCGUUUUGUGAGAGAUACUCUAUGAAUGUAUGUGAACAUACAUAAAUAAAUAUAUAAUUUUAGUA